AGGUAACUGUAAUCAUAGAUAUCCAUAAUGACUGUAAUCGACAAUUUUCCGUUUGAAAAAUGAGUCAAAGUCAGCUACGCGGCUCUAAAGUUGAACGUACACUAGUUUAAGUAUGAUAGGAAAAAAAGACAGUAAACAUGACUGGGUCGCGUGCGCUUUUUUUCUAGUAGACACAAACCAUGAGGAAACGCUGUUUUACCCUCGCUCCUAUGUCAUCGGCAAUUCCUGAAAGGGGCGGAGUUUUUUUAUAUCUGCAUUAACUUUACUCAGCUUCUGUAAAGCGCGUCUCUCACAGCCACAGAAUGCGCUUCAUGCGGCUGGUGACAAGUAGCAAUGAGAAUCCUGAGAUCCAAAUGUGAUGGCCACAUCAACGCCUUGGUGGCUCCUGGUGUUCGCCUUACAGCACUGUUGUUUUUCUAACCCAGGUCCUCCUCCACCUCCAUCUAAUCUCCAGUGCCAUAGACCAUGUAGUGGGAGUCACUGCCUAGAUAUAAAAUGCAUUUGGAAUCCAAAGCCAAACCUUGAUACCUCCACGACCUACAGCCUUCACUGGAAGAAAAAUGCAGAGGAUGAGAAGGUGAACAGGAGUAGUUCAGAUGGUCUGAUCCGUCGUGCACAGUUUGAGAGCCAUGCAGAACUCCUUGUUUGGGUCCAGGCAAAGAACCAGUUUGGUUCUGUUGAAUCUGAGCCAGUUGUUAUCCACACACAAAACAUCAUCAAGCCCUCUCCUCCUCAAUUUCAAUUCGGCUCUCGAGAUCCAUUAGAGAUCUUCUGGAACAACAGCUGUGAGAAACUGCAGCAAAGUGUUGAAGACUGUAAAGUUGCAUAUAAUACAGAGGAAGACAGAAACCACAUUCAGUAUGAGGAGGAAUUAACUAGCAGCUUUGCACACUUGGAUCCCCAGCCCAACACCGUCUAUGAAUUUCAGGUUCGUUGUAAAUGUGACUCAAGCCUCUUCAGUGACUGGAGUGAAACCUUCUCAAUAAAAAGUGCAGAGUCUGCCCCAGUUGGAGAAGUGGAUGCAUGGUGGGACUGUGGGCCGUCAAGCUGUUUUCUAAAUUGGAAGAAUCUCUCUAAUUCUCAGGCACGAGGGUACAUCCUAAGUUAUGAAGUCACAGUUCUCUACAAUAACGGCACCAUACAACUGAUGAAUGUGUCCACUGACGACCCAAGCAGUCUCUACAUUUUUGAUGGGAUGAAGUGGCGCCUCACUUCACCUCUGAAGGAUGUGUCAUCUGUUAAUAUAUCAGCCUACAAUGCUCUCGGUGCUACAAAAGCAUCUCCGUUACCUAUGCUAACACCAGAUAAACAAGCAGACUUUCCAAACAUUGACCUUGAAAUGAACAGUGAGAACCUCACUGUGUCCUGGAACCCGCCCCCUAAUUUCUCUGACCAGGUCAAACAGUAUGUGGUGCAAUAUAAAGACUGUGGGUUGGGGGAAUUUGACUGGAUCAAAGUGAACAACCAUCAGACAACAGGCUUUUUUAAAGGUGCAUUUAAAAACUACACACCCUACCAAGUGUCGCUGUUUGUCGUGUCCAACUUGAAUGAAGUCAGACAUCUUGCUACUGCUAGAGGAUAUUCUUCUCAGAGAGUUCCCUCGGUUGCACCUGUAUUCGAUCGCUCUGAAAUCACUGGCACUGAGAUGACUCUGUUCUGGAAGCCUGUUCCCAGCUGCAACCAGAGUGCGAUGAUCCUGUACUACCAAAUUGGAGUGAGCACACAAAGAGUGUACAACGUGAGUGUAACCCCAGAUCAUGAAGGCAUGACUUACAAGCUGUCGGAUCUUAGCCCAGGUGAAGAGUACCAGGUUUGGAUAAGAGCUGUGAGCAAGGCUGGGCCCAGUCCCAAGGUCACCAGAACAUUCAGGAUUAAUCCUCAUGAAGGAUAUAGAAUGAUGUCAGUAUAUUUGGUUACCUUUCUGGUGGUCUUGUUGGCGGUUAUCAUAUGCCUCUGUGGUUACUUACUAAGUUUCUUCCGAGGAGUCAACAAAAUGUGGCCUCUCCUACCUCAGUGCCUUAAUGAGAAAGUGCCAGAUCCCAGCAAUAGCAAGAUCUUCAGACAGAUGAGGCUUAAGGUUAACGAGCCCUUGACUUGGAUUUGCGUUCCUCUUCAUGAACCUAGUCCGAAAAUCUCUGUCUUGGAAGUUGUUGCAAUAAAAUCGAAGGUAUUUGAGCCAGACGGGAUAAGAAAAGAGAAUGGUUUCUCUCAGAUGGACUGCCAGGAUGAUCAGAAACAGGAUCUUGGCACAGAGAACACAGACAGUACAGACAGCGGAUUCGAGAGGAAGGAGUACAGUAAAAUGGUUGACUCGGAUGAAGAGAAGAAUGAUGGUUGGAGCUCAUCAGAAGAAGAACAGUCUACCUCAGGUUAUGAAAAGCACUUCAUGCCCUCCGCUUUAGAAAUAAUGGUGGAGUAACUAUGUCUGGACCACAGACAUUCAUUUUCAGUGUUUUUUUUUUUUUAUUGACAGUAUUUUCAUAUUAUGAAAUAUAGUCAAAGGGACUAAGCACAAAAUGCUUCAGUUUUAUAUCGUAUUUUGUGACCUUCAACAUUUUAAGAU